AUGUCCUGGAAAGGAGCACAAUCAAGUGGACAAGCUGGUGGAAGUGAUAUACGCGUGCUCAGCUUGGGUAUCAAUACAAUUCUUUAUCAACUACAAUUUGGUAGUUCAGGUUAUAAAGCAGUUGUCUAUCAAGGGAUUGCAGAGGGCUUUCCUACUGGUAAAAUUGAAAAUUUGAAGAUCUAUCAAGAUGUUGAAGAUGGACCCAGUCCUGCUUGUGCCCUCAUCAGUGUGAAAGUGGCAACACUUGAGGACAGAAAAAUCAAAUUUAAAACCCUAUUAGAUGAGGAAUGUGUUUUGAAGAACAACUGCCGGAGCAAUGGGGGCGGUGGUGUCGAGGAGGUUCCAUUACCUGUCCAGGUUUCUUCAUCCAAUCAGUGUGUUAGUAAUUGUGUUCUGCUGGUCAAAUUUGGAAGUAGACUUGAAUCAGAAUCCUGGGAUUCUGACCGACACUAUGCUGUGUGUGAAGCAGUCUUGAUUAGCCAACCAGGCCCAUUUGCCCUUGGAGGAAGACAAGACAGUUCUGAUGGAAUUUUGGCUGGGUCCUCUCUUAAAAGUUAUGGAAUGAACAGAAACCCUCGAGGGAAGUGUAUCAUCAUAAAUAACUCAGAAUUCCAGGAUAAAGCCUACAAUCGCCCUGGUGCUGAGUUUGAUGAACAAGCCCUGGAAGCCCUCUUUGAGUACCUCUCAUUUGAUGUGGAAAUCUACCAAAAUCUUAAAUCACGUGAUAUGAGAGAUCUUGUAAGGACCAUAGCAAGUGAGAAUCACAGUGAAUCUGAUGCUCUCUUUGUCAUUGUAAUGUCCCACGGAGGAGACCAUGAUACUAUCUUAGGUGUGGAUCAAAGAAAUAUAACUGUUGAAGAAAUGAUGUCCGAAUUUAAAGCUGCAAGGUGCAAAACACUUGAAGGAAAACCCAAGGUGUUUAUUUUUCAAGUCUGUAGGGGUUCUUCCUCAGAAUUUCUGGAGCAUGAGAGACGUCAUAUUGACAACACUGUGAGUAGGCUUCGUGUUGACUCCACCCUCUCAAGAGGGACAAGCCCACAAGAAGCUGAUUUUUUAUUGGCCUUUGCAACUACCCCUGGGUAUUAUUCCUACCGAGAUGAAGAUCACGGUACACCAUUCAUUCAGACUCUUGUGGAAGUUCUUGGAAAACAUCACCAGGAGAGCCAUCUGACAGAGAUGUUGCCAGAGGUAACCAGACGUGUGGUUGAAAAAGCCGAAAGAGAUGGUUUGCAGAGUUACAUUCAAGUUCCAUCAUACAGCAACUCACUGAGGGCCAAGCUUUAUCUCUGAGAGGAUAAUUUCACAAAUUGCAAAGCAGAGAGCUAAUUGCUCUACUCAUCAGCAUACCACUCAGUAAAUUCUUCUUUGUUGGGCAAAGAUUGAUCAUUUUUGCAAAGGUAUAAUGUGUUUAUGAGGUAUCGUUGUAUGAACUUAGAGUUCUUCAACUUUUAACUAUCAGAUAUUAGAAUGAAGAUUUUUAUUUCUUUCAAGCCAGAAAUUAGCAGUUAUUAGUAUUUUUUUAAGAACAAAAGUCUUACAUGUAAACCUUAUAUUUUAGUCACAUAGUUUUAGGGAAAUUUAUUACCUCUAAUGCACACACAAAAAACUACUUUGUAAGACUUUAGGUUAGUAUUGUCUUUACCAGUCAGGCAAUAAAAAAUGCUUACGUUUGAAGUGCACGGGAUAGACCAAGCAGUGUACUGAUAGUUCCUUAUUAAAAGAGAAAAAUUUUUUAGUGG